AAAAAAAAAAAAAAAAGGAGAGAAAAACAAUCCCACCCACCUUCCUCUUGACUAUGUCCGUCCGCCCCGGACCAGCGAGUCUCCAAUGUUCGUCCGGUGUUCAUCGAGUGUGGGUUGUUGUGUAGGGGCGGUUAGGUUUGCUUCUGUCGUUAUCAUCUGUGUGAAUAUCUGAGUUGUUGUAGACACGCUGACGUUUGUGUGUAACUCUUUUUCGUGACAGCACAUCGACGCCAAUAAGUUCGCGACAUUCGCUUAAUUCAUAACGAGCCCGUUUCUCAACUGCUGCGGUUUCUUGUAACUGGUUCGUGCAGCAAACGAUUCAAGAUUUCGUGAGUCUGCCGUUAGAUUUCAGGUUGAUCUGAAAGAACUUUGUUUAUUUUUCUUCUGGUAUCUCUGUUUCGUGCGUAUCAUCGAUUCUGAAGUUUUGAGUUUGUUUUUUUCGCAUUCCGCAUCGGCUCGAUCGAUUUCGAGAUCAAAAGUGCGUGACGCAAUUAUGAAGGUGCGUCGCAGGAUUAAUCACAAAGACAUGUUUAUGGACACUUCAAUGUCUCCGGCUUCUUCGCUACAUCCGGUCAGUCCAUGCGAGAUCAAAAGAGAAAAGACGGAAGCUCUUUCGCCGUCCGACUGUUCGAUUGACUCGACCAGCGGCAUGGGCGUCGGUGGUAUCGGGAGCGUCGGCAGUAACGGUAGCGUCGGGUUGACAGCCGGAUCUAGCGGCCAGGUCGGUGUGGCAGCUGGAGUGUGUGCCGCCUGCGGUGAGCUGAUUACCGACCGUUUCCUGAUUCAAGUGUCCGGCCGGACGUGGCACUCGACUUGCCUACGCUGUUCCGUUUGCCGGACGGCCCUCGACAACCAACCUUCAUGUUUUGUCAGGGCCGGAGCCAUUUACUGUCGAGCUGAUUACACAAGGACGUUCGGAGCGAAAUGCGCUCGUUGUAGUCGAUCCAUUUCGGCUGCCGAUUGGGUGAGACGGGCACGAGAGCACGUCUACCACCUGGCCUGUUUCGCUUGCGACGCUUGCCGUCGCCAACUCAGCACAGGAGAAGAAUUCGCCCUUCACGAAGGCCGUGUUCUCUGCAAAACUCAUUAUCUGGACGGACUCGACGCCGGAUCAACUUCAUCCGACGAAACGGAUCCGGAAGGCGGGGGUCGAUCGAAAUCGAAACGAGUACGGACCACAUUCACUGAAGAACAACUUCACGUCCUGCAGGCGAAUUUCUUACUGGAUUCGAACCCAGACGGUCAAGACCUGGAACGAAUUGCUAACCUGACGGGCCUGUCGAAAAGAGUGACUCAAGUUUGGUUCCAGAACAUGAGAGCUCGACACAAGAAACACCUUAGCACGUCCACCAGUUCCGGAUCGAACGGUCACAACAACAACAACAAUAUCAACAACACCAACCACAAUAACAACAACAAUGGGAACCCAGUCAACAAAGGCGGACGUCGCAAUAACCCAGGCAAUGGUCAACAACCGGUUUCAUUGCCAACCGAACUGGAGAAUAAUCCCGGCAGCGGUAUCAAACGGAUGGACUCCUCCGAACAGGCUGGUUACAGUUUGCACCUGCUCUACUCUUACACCAUGCAAACACCUGAUAGUGGCGAAUCUUCUUCGAGCGACGCAAUGAUGAGAUCGGUCCGCGGUGAUUUGUAAACAAAAUCCUUCCUCAUCCGGGUGGUGGCUGCUCCGCCAACUGGACAAUCAUUCCACGACGUUAUAAAAACGUGUCGUUCCACAAAAGUGUAAAAAAACAAACACUGUACAGAUAAAUAAUCUACCUGCGCAAACAAACAACAAGAAAAUCAUCUCUUUUUCGAAUAUGGAAUCACGCAGUAUACGCACAUUGUUCCGCGUGUGCGUGAUUCAUUUCCAUCGUAUUCUUCUGAUUUUCAUCAUCAGGGUUCUAGUCCUGCUGCCGCUCACGCACAAUGAGUGUGUCUCCCGUUCACUGAUUUUCUAAAUUCCAAAAAAAAAACCGACUGAUGCUUCCCCAAUUUUUGUUUCUCGAAUGAAAAAAAAACACGUGUCCCUUACAAUUCUUUCAUUUUAAGCUAUUGAAGUGAAGUGAUAGAAAACUGUAACCUACGCUGAUUUCACGAACAAUGUUGUUGUUCUUUCUCUAUCAGACAAGAGACCCGGACUUAAUUUUUUGGAACGAGAAUGAGCUUUAACCUUUGCCCGCUUUUUGUACAUACCUUUUAAUUGAGUUUGAGAUAAUAAGAAAACAGAAUAGAAUGAAAAUUGUGCGAGUAUGAGAGGUAAACAAUAACAAUGACACGUUGUUGUUAUUGUUGUUUAAAAAAAGAAAACAGACUAACACAUUCCGGUUCAUUUGAAUAGGCUAAAAGUACUAAAAGAAAUGUUUAAAUUUUUUGUGUAAUAACAAAACGGUGGUUAACUAAACUCUUGUCUGCUUGAUUUUCAUUCCCACUCUCGUGCUACAUACUAUAAAUAUAAUGAUAACACACGUAUUUCUGCCCCUAUGAUUCGUGCCCCAUUCCCCACAAACUAUUGUAGACAUUUCUUGUAUAACACGUCUAAGAUAAAACAAAAAAAUCUUAUUAUAAAUGACAACAGAAUAUUAUCUAUUACUUGUACAUAUUACAUAAGAUUGACAGAGCACUGACCCCCCCCCAAUGAUCAUAGCCUCACCACUACAGUAAAAACAAUUUGUUUUUAAUUAUUAUCCCGCGUGUUCUUAUUGCGUUGUUCUCCACACUUCCUUUCCCGCUUCAAUUCAAACCUCAAAAACAGAAAAAAAAAAUAAAAUCAAAAAAAAAAACCGUGUCGAUGAAUAAACGUAAUAUACUUCCAA